AUGUUUCAACGGCCAUCUUGUUUACAAGGCCGACGCCAACGAAAUGGCAGUCCGGAGGAUAUGUCUACAUUUCCCAUCCGGCAAUUGUUUGUGUUAGCGAUUGUCCGAAUUUGCGAGCCAAUUGCUUUCAUGUCGAUUUUCCCGUACGUGUACCACAUGGUCGAAUCAUUUCAUGUGACCGACAACGACCAAAAGAUUGCACUUUACGCCGGUAUGAUCACCUCAGCGUUCACCUUCGCGGAAUUCUCCGCUGGCAUGUUUUGGGGUCGGAUGAGCGAUCGCAUCGGUCGCAAGCCCGUGCUCAUCAUGGGAUUGAUUGGAACAGCAAUGAGCAUGGUGGCAUUCGGAUUUGCGCCCAACCUCGCAACAGCAAUGAUCGCGCGAGCCCUAGGUGGUCUACUAAAUGGAAAUAUCGGAGUGCUUCAAACUACCGUCGCCGAAAUUGUGACGGUCAAAGAGCACCAACCGCGGGCUUAUUCGAUUAUGCCCUUUGUGUGGUGCCUGGGAUCAAUCAUUGGCCCGGCUAUGGGCGGUGCAUUGGCCCAACCCUGUGACAACUACCCGGGCCUGUUUCAGCGUAACACGCUCUUUGACCGGUUCCCGUUCCUGCUGCCCAACUUGGUCUGCAUCACUGUGCUAAUUUGCGGCAUUGUCGUUGGUUUCCUGUUUUUGGAAGAAACACAUCCCGAGAAAAAAUACCGUCGUGAUUGUGGCCGUGAAUUGGGCCACUGGCUUGUCAGCCAAUGUUGGCGCUCACGCGUGCAACUUCCCGACGAUUCCGAUGCCAGUGUUGAGGAAUCCAAAUACUUCGUCUAUGGUGAUGUGCCGCCUGAAUAUGAAAGUGCCGAAUCAUCGCCUUGCCUUCGCCCCGUUCGUGACGUCGGAUCUACGGAACAUGACUUGGAAGGUCAGAAAGCUGCUCCACCCAAGGCGUUUACUCGACAGGUCAUUUUUACUAUCGUUGCUUAUGGCAUUUUAGCCUAUACCCCCAAAUCGGACGAUCCGGUUGUUCUCCCACUCAAGUUCGAGGGUGGCUUAGGCCUUGCAACUAAGACCAUCGGGUUUAUGUUGGCCGUCCAGGGUGUUUACUCGAUGAUCGCUCAGCUUUGGCUGUUCCCAUUCGUAGUCAAGCACUUCGGCACCCUGCGCACCUUUCGCUUCGUCUUGCUGGCAUGGCCACCCCUCUACUUGGCAGUGCCCUAUCUCAUCCUUCUUCCAGCCAAGCUUCAGAUGCCCGCUGUCUAUGUCGCAUUGAUCAGCAAGAUCACCCUACAUGUCAUCGCCUUCCCCGCAACUGCCAUCCUGCUGGCUAAUGCAGCUCCUACUUCCAAGGUUCUGGGAUCUAUCAAUGGCGCAGCAGCAUCCACUGCCAGUCUAAGCCGUGCCUUUGGCCCAACCAUCACUGGUCUCUUACAUUCCAAGGGCCUCGAGAGUGGAUACUCUGUGUUGGCCUGGUGGGCCUGCGGACUUGUCUGUUUGAUUGGUGCCAUCCAGAGCUUCUGGAUGGAGGAGUCUGAGGAGCCCGAGCGUUUCAAGUCUCGCGAUUCCGAGAUUAAUGAGGAGUUGAAGCGGGAUGUUAUGUCCGAAGACUCCAUUGAAGAGGAGGAGCAGCGACUCCUUUCCCUGCGCUCUAGCAUCGACCAAGACUAUGACGUCUCCAAUCUGGACUUGGAUGGCAUUGACCUUUCCCAUCCUGAUCCUGAUACCACACCUACACCCACCCCUCUUCGCACUUAG